AUGGUGAGAAAUACCCUUCUCUGCACGUUGUUGGCGCUAACGAUUCAAAGGUACUUCAUAAGACAGAAUGCUGACGUGAAUGGAAAAGUUUCUGACACGAUUGGAAAAGAUGCUGACAAGUGCACAAUUCUGCAUAAUGCUGUCGUUAGUGGUGUACUAGACACUGUGAAAUACUUGGUCGAACGUGGUGCUGACGUAAAUGUAACGAAUGUUCACGGGAAAACAGUGUUGCACUCCGCUGUAAUUAUUGGUUCACCUCACAUUGUCAAGUAUUUAGUUGAGCAGGGUGCUGAUAUUCUGAGCAAUUCUAGUAGUUUGGAAACAGCACUUCACUAUGCGGUUGCUAGAGGUGAACUUGACAUUGUCAAAUACCUGGUUGAACAUGGAGGAAAUGUAAACAGCAAGAAUUCUGCUGAUCGGACAAUACUGCACUUUGCUGUUAGUAAAGGCGUUCCCGACGUUGUCAAAUAUUUAGUUGAACAGGGUGCUGAUGUAAAUGGCAAAGACACGGACGGGGACACAAUUCUUCACACUGCUGUCCUAAAAAGUAGUCUUGACAUUGUAAAAUUUUUGGUUGAACAUGGUGCAGAUGUAAAUAUCAAGAAUACCGACGGUAGGAGUGUCCUGCAUAUUGCUACUACAAAAGGAGCACUCAAUGUUGUUGAAUAUUUAGUUGAACGGGGUGCUGACGUAAACAGUAAAGAUGCUCACGGAAAAGCAGUUCUGCAAUUUGCUGUUGCUAAAGGUGUACUUGGCAUUGUCAAAUAUUUAGUUGAACAAGGUGCCGAAGUGAGGAGCAAGGAUGAUAAUUUAGAUACAGUUCUGCACUUUGCUGCCGCUAUAGGAGUAUAUAACAUUGUCAAAUAUUUAGUUAAACAUGAGGCAAAUUUAAAAGGAAAGAAUUUUGCUGCGCACAAUAUUCUAAACUUUGCUAUUACUUACGAUGUGCUGAACAUUAUCAAAUACUUGGUUGAAAAUGGCGCCAAUGUAAACAGCAAGAAUACCUCCGGACAAACGGUUCUUCACUUUGCCGUUGCUCAAGGUCAAUUUGAAGUUGUCAAAUAUUUAGUUGAACACGGGGCAAAUGUAGAUAGCCAAAACGAACUUGGGCAGACCGUCCUUCACGCAGCUGUAAAUGCGCAUGUAUUGGACAUAGUCAAGUACUUAGUUGAACAGGGUGCCAAUGUAAAUUGCAAAAAUACCGACGGAAGUGAAAUUGACAUUGUGACAUAUUUAGCUGAACGAGGCGCCGAUGUAAAUGGAAAGGACAAUGACACGUGGACAGUUCUGCACACUGCUGUUUAUAAAGGUGCACUUGAUGUUAUAAAAUAUCUAGUUGAACAAGGUGCUGAUGUGAAUGGAAAGAAUAAUGACGGAAGAACAGUUCUGCACAGUGCUGUUGCUGUGGGUGAACCAGACGUUGUCGAAUAUUUAGUUCGUCAAAGUGCUGAUGUGAAAGGCAGGGAUAGUUAUGGAGACACAGUUCUGCACACAGCCGUUGUUAAUAGUAAUCUUGACAUUGUCAAAAGUUUAGUCGAAGAGGGCGCUGAUGUAAAUGCUAAGAAAAAUGAUGGGAUGACAGUUCUUCAGGCUGCAGUAGUUAAAGGUGCACUGGACACUGUUCAAUAUCUUGUAGAACACGAUGCUGAUGUAAAAGGUGAGGAUAUUUAUGGAAGAACUGUCUUGCACACUGCUGUCGUUAUUGGCGUCUUUGAUGUCGUAAUUUUUUUAGUUGAACAGAAUGCCGAUGUACAAGGCAAAUCUUUGAAUUUAGACACAAUUUUGCACUAUGCUGUUGCUAAGGGCGAACUUCACAUUGUCAAAUAUUUAGUUGAACGUGGCGGAAAUGUAAAUAGCAAAAACGCUGUUGGAAGGACAAUACUGCACUUUGCCGUUGCCAAUGGUACAUCUGGCAUUGUUGAAUAUUUGGUUGAACAUGGGGCAAAUGUAAACGCCAAGGAUACUAAUGGAGACACAGUUCUACAUUCUGCUGUUGUUAACAGUAACAUUGACAUUGUCAAAUACUUAGUUCAAAGUGGUGCCGAGGUAAACGACAAGAAUACUGAUGGAAGAACAGUUCUGCACGUUGCCGUUGCUAAAGGUGUUCUUGAUACAGUAAAGUAUUUAGUCGAACAUGGUGCUGAUGUAAAUGGCAAAGAUAUUCAUGGGAAGGCAGUCCUGCACUUUGCUGUUGCUAAAGGUGCGCUGGACAUUGUAAAAUAUUUGGUUGAACAAGGUUCCAAUGUGAAGAGUAAAGAUACCGAUUUAAACACCGUUCUACACUUCGCCGUCUCAAUAGGUAUAUUUGAUAUUGUCAAAUAUCUAGUUGGGCGCAGCAGUGACAGCACAGAUUUAAAUGGCAAGAAUAUUGCUGGGAAAUUUGUUCUGCAUUUUGGUAUAACUCAUAACGUACUAGAUAUUGUCAAAUACUUAGUUAAAAUGGGUACUGAUGUGAAUGGCAAGAAUACUGUCGGACAGACAGUUCUACAUUUCGCUGUUGCUCAAGCUGACCUUGACAUUGUGAGAUAUUUAGUUGAGCAUGGCUCGAAUGUAAAUGAAACAGAAAAUACCAUCGGGCAGACAGUCCUUCACGCUGCCGUAGAUACGUGUGCAUUGCAUGUUAUCAGGUACUUAGUUGAACAGGGUGCUGAUGUAAAUGGAAAGAAUGCUUAUGGGAGCACAGCUCUACACUUUGCUGUUGCUCAAGGUGAACUUGAAAUUAUCAAAUUCCUAAUUGAACAUGGAGCUAACGUAAACGAAAAGGAUACUGACAUGUGGACAGUCCUACAAACUGCUGUUAACAAAAGGGAACUUGGUAUCGUGAAAUAUUUAGUUGAACACAACGCUGAUGUAAAUAGCAAGAACACAGAUGGAAUGACGAUUCUCCACAACGCUAUUUAUAAAGGUGCAUGGGACAUAGUAAAAUAUUUAGUUGAACAAGGUGCUGAUGUGAAUAACAAGAAUAAAGAUGGAAUGACAGUCCUGCAUAGCGCUGUUUCUGAAGGUGAUCCUGACUUUAUACAAUUUUUACUUGAACGGGGUGCUAAUGUGAAAAGCAAGAACAAUCACGGGGACACAGUACUGCAAACAGCUGUUCUUGAAAGCAAUAUUGACAUUGUUAAAACUCUUGUUGAACAGGGUGCGAAUGUAAACGCCAAGAAUGAUGAUGAGAUGACAGUUCUGCAAACUGCAGUUGUCAGUCGUGUUCUAGAAACUGUUAAAUAUUUAGUUGAACAUGGUGCGGAUAUAAACUGUGAGGAUACUCUUGGAAGAACUGUUCUACACACUGCUGUUGUUAUUGGUGCUUUUGACAUCAUUGAAUAUUUAGUUCACAAGGGUGCAGAUGUACCGAGGAAUUUUCCUAAUUUUAACCCAAUUAUGCAUUAUGCUGUCAUUAACUGUCGACCUGACAUUGUCAAAUAUUUAGUUGAACAUAGUGCAAACAUAAAAGGCAAGAAUGCUGGUCGGACUAUCCUGCACUUAGCUGUUGCUAAUAAGGACCUCGAACUUGUUAAAUACUUUGUUGGACAUGGCGAAAAUGUAAAUAGCAAGGAUACUGAUGGAGACACAAUUCUCCACACAGCUGUGGUUGGAAGUAACGACAUUGUUGAAUAUUUAAUUGAACAUGGAGCUGAGGUGAAUGGCAAGGAUAUUGGUGGGAGGACAGUUCUUCACAAUGCUGUUGCCAAAAGUGUAGUUGAUAUUGUCAAAUAUUUAAAUGAAGAAGACGCUGGUGUGAAUGGCAAAGAUAUUCACUGGGAGGCAGUUCUGUACUUUGUUGUUGCUAAAGGUGUACUUGAGUUUGUCAAAUAUUUAGUUCAGAAACAUUCUGAUGAACAGAGCGAGGACUCUAUUUGGACACAGUUCUUCAAUUUGCCAUGA